GCUCUGCAUGGGCCCGCUGCUCUCCGCAAAGCAUACCGGAAGUACGGAAUAGCUCCCAGCAGUUUCAACAUCGAUCUGGCAGACUUUAAACCCAUUACGACAACCCAUGCUGCUGCUGGGAGCGAGAUUGCAGAGCCUGAUCAGACUGGCGCUGUCAGUGCUACUUCCGUCGAGAACGAUGCCGAGUUCGUUUCGCCUGUUCUUAUUGGCGGCCAGAAGAUCGUCAUGACAUUUGACACUGGUUCUUCUGACUUUUGGGUGUUCGAUACGAAUCUCAAUGAAACCUUGACGGGACACACGGAGUACAACCCUUCGAACUCCUCGACCUUCAAGAAGAUGGACGGAUACACCUUCGAUGUCUCGUAUGGUGACGACUCGUACGCCUCUGGCCCCGUCGGAACGGAUACCGUCAACAUUGGCGGCGCCAUUGUCAAGGAGCAAGCCUUCGGUGUCCCCGACCAGGUAUCCCAGUCGUUCAUCGAGGACACGAACUCCAACGGCCUGGUCGGGUUGGGCUUUUCCUCCAUCAACACCAUCAAACCGGAGGCGCAAGACACGUUCUUCGCCAAUGUCGCACCAAGUCUGGACGAGCCCGUCAUGACCGCCUCGCUCAAGGCUGACGGAGUGGGCGAGUACGAGUUCGGCACGAUCGACAAAGACAAGUACCAGGGCAACAUUGCCAACAUCAGCGUGGACUCAUCGAACGGAUACUGGCAGUUCUCCACUCCCAAGUACUCCGUGGCAGACGGAGAGCUGAAGGACAUUGGAAGCUUGAACACCUCGAUCGCGGACACCGGUACCUCCCUUAUGCUGCUGGAUGAAGACGUGGUUACUGCCUACUAUGCGCAAGUUCCCAACUCGGUCUACGUGAGCAGUGCCGGUGGUUACAUCUACCCCUGCAACACCACUCUUCCCAGCUUCUCGCUUGUCCUCGGCGAGUCGAGCCUGGCCACGAUCCCCGGUAACCUGAUCAAUUUCUCCAAGGUUGGCACCAACACCACCACCGGACAGGCCUUGUGCUUUGGCGGCAUUCAAUCCAACGGAAACACCUCGCUGCAGAUUCUGGGCGAUAUUUUCCUGAAGGCCUUUUUCGUUGUCUUCGACAUGCGCGGCCCCUCGCUUGGUGUUGCCUCUCCCAAGAACUAG